AAACCCUAAACCCUUCUUCGCGGAUUGACACUGUGUCCCCUCCGAAACGAUGUACUCGUCAGUCGUAGCAGAACGAUCCAGGGCAUUGUCGAAAAUCCUCUGCAACUUCAUCUUGGUCCGAAACAUGGGUGGGGGUCCUCGGACUUUCCCGGGCGGCGUCAACAAGUGGAAGUGGAAGCGCAUGCACGAGAAGCGAGCCAGGGAUAAAGAGAGAAGGCUUCUCGAACAAGAAAAGCAGCUUUACCAGGCUCGCAUUCGCUCCCAUAUCCGUGCCAAACUCGCGGGAAAACCCGACACCUCAAGCGCCACUCACAACCCUAUGGCCCCGGAGGACCAUAUUAAGGCCUUGGCCAAUCGAUUUAUGAAGGAAGGAGCUGAAGAUCUCUGGAACGGAAAUGACGGUCCGUUGAAGCCUCCGCCUCCGCGUCUCAGAGAAUUUCCAGGAUCAAGCAGACGGCGAGGAUCAAUCGCGUCGCCGGUUGAUCCGAGGAAACUGGUACCGGAAGGCCGUCACAUGUUUUCUGAUCGCCAAAAGGACUAUCUGACGAAUACGAGUUGUAAUUUUACUCAGAGCAGGGGUUACUCAACGCAAAAUUGGAGGAGGUUUCAGAGGAAUGAGAGCUCGUCAGAGGAGGAAGAUUCUGAUUUUGGUUUGAAGAGAAACCCUGCAAGACCCAUAGUCAGAAAUUCAUUUAGUAGUCAGAAAACCCUGAUUAAUGCAAAUGCGGGUGAGUAUAUAAACAAGAAGCAAAAUAUCCCGAAGAGGCAGCGAAAGUUAUGGAGAGAUGACAGUUCUUCCGGCGAGAGUGAAUCGGACAUGGAUUCAGACGGUUCAGGGAUCGUCAGGGGCGUGAAUAAGAUAGGUAGUAGUGCUUCUUUGGGGAAGUAUGACGUAAAGACGAAGAGGAGGUCCUCCCGAAGUCAUGACGAGGAGAGUGACCUUUCGGAACAGGUUGAAUUGAUCAGGUAUGAACUAAAUAAGAGGAAGAUGUCCCAGAAUGACCAGCAGAAAAGUGAGGAAGAUUCGUUACUUAGUCAGAAAAGAUUUGAUGAGUGUGACAUAUCGCCACUGACAAUCAAGGCACUUUCUUCAGCUGGUUAUAUUCGCAUGACACGAGUUCAAGAGGCUAGCCUUUCCGUUUGCCUUGAGGGCAAGGAUGCUCUAGUCAAAGCUAAAACUGGCACUGGGAAAAGUGCGGCAUUUUUGCUUCCUGCUAUUGAAACAGUUAUUAAGGCAAUGAGUGUAAAUGCCCCUCAACGUGUGCCUCCAAUACUUGUUCUGAUCCUUUGCCCUACCAGAGAACUUGCGAUUCAAAUCACUGCAGAAUUGAAAGUUCUUCUCAAAUACCAUGAUGGAAUUGGAGUUCAGACUCUAAUAGGAGGUAUUCGAUUUAAAGAUGACCAGAAACGUCUUGAAUCAGAUCCAUCACAGAUCAUUGUUGCUACUCCAGGGAGGUUGCUGGAUCAUAUUGAGUAUAAGUCUGGAAUAUCUCUGCGGUUGAUGGGUUUGCAGAUGCUUAUACUCGAUGAAGCUGAUCAUUUAUUGGACCUAGGCUUUCGAAAGAGUGUAGAAAAGCUUGUUGAUUGUUUGCCCCGUCAAAGGCAAUCUUUGCUAUUUUCUGCAACCAUUCCAAAGGAGGUCCGACGUAUAUCUCAACUUGUUUUAAAAAGGGAUCACACGUAUAUUGACACAGUGGGGAUAAAUUGCGUGGAAACUCCUGUUAAAGUAAAGCAGUCUUAUCUUGUUGCUCCUCAUGAAUCUCAUUUUCAAAUGUUGCACCAUAUUUUGAAGGAGCAUAUCUUGCAAGCACCUGAUUAUAAGGUUAUUGUUUUCUGUAUAUCUGGGAUGGUGACUUCACUCGUGUAUCAACUUCUUCGGGAAAUGAAAAUGAAUGUUAGGGAGAUGCAUUCCAGAAAGCCUCAGCUUUAUCGAACUCGCAUAUCAGAUGAGUUCAGGGAAUCCAAACAGCUGAUUCUUAUCUCGUCUGAUGUGUCAUCUCGCGGAAUGAAUUAUCCUGAUGUUAGCUUAGUCAUCCAGGUGGGUAUUCCUACUGACCGAGAACAGUAUAUCCAUCGUGUUGGAAGAACAGGACGAGAAGGCAAAGAAGGGGAAUGCAUACUGUUAAUUGCUCCGUGGGAAGAGUACUUCUUAGAUGAAAUCAAAGAUCUCCCUCUCACGAGAUUCCCUUUACCUGAUGUGGAUCCUGAGACAAAGCUUAAGGUAGAAAGUUCAAUGGCAAAGAUUGAUAAUGACGUCAAAGAAUCGGCUUAUCAUACCUGGCUUGGUUAUUAUAAUUCGAUAAGAGAAAUCGGGAGGGAUAAAACCACUCUAGCUGAGCUAGCAAACCAAUUUUCGGAAUCAAUUGGUUUGCAGAGGCCUCCUGCUCUCUUCAGGAAGACUGCACUAAAAAUGGGAUUGAAAGACAUUCCUGGCAUCAGAAUACGUAGAUAGCUCUAUGUGGAUAGGUAAAGCUAAUAGUAAGUAACAGGGAGCAUUGUGGGGAUCACGGGAAAGGUGUCAGGGAGAAAACCCCUCAUGAAAUUGCGCAGUCAAAGGUCGACUCCCAACACCAAAUACUUCCUCCGGUCCUAUAUGUAAGUUCCACUUUUAAAGAGGGAUUUGGUACAAAAUACAAGCUUUAUUUUUGAGUUUGUCUGAACAUUUAUUAUUAUUAUUUUUUAUUUUGCCUUUAGUUCAUUGUAUUUAGUACUCCCUCUGUCAUUAAUAUUACCUUCAUAUAUCUUCUUUUAUCAUUU